UUUCUACGGCUUGGCUCCUUGCUCAGCCUUUCCUGCCUGGCGCUCUCAGUGCUGCUGCUGGUGCAGCUGUCAGACGCCGCCAAGCGAUUGCCUUCAUGUUGUGGAUCCCAUGCCCGUGCGCGGGCCUGAUGUAGAAGCAUACUGUCUACGCUGUGAAUGCAAGUACGAGGAAAGAAGCUCUGUUACGAUCAAGGUUACCAUUAUAAUUUAUCUCUCCAUUUUGGGCCUUCUACUUCUGUACAUGGUAUAUCUUACCCUUGUUGAGCCCAUACUGAAGAGACGCCUGUUUGGACACUCACAAUUGAUACAGAGCGAUGAUGAUGUUGGGGAUCACCAGCCUUUUGCAAAUGCCCACGAUGUGCUAGCCCGCUCCCGCAGUCGAGCCAAUGUGCUGAAUAAGGUAGAGUAUGCCCAGCAGCGCUGGAAGCUUCAAGUUCAAGAGCAGCGAAAAUCCGUCUUUGACCGUCAUGUUGUCCUCAGCUAAUUGGAAAUCAUACUGCAGGUGAUUAGAAAGAAAUAAGGCAGACAACUGAAAAAAAAUUGACUGAGUAUUCCUGGGUUUUGUUUUAAUACCCUGUUGAUUUCACCAACUCUUGCUGGGAAAUUCAGCAUUGGAAACAAAAAUGUGCUUGGUAUUUUCUUUUCUUGUUAAGGUAUUAAUACAGACAUUUUUAAAAGCACACACCUCAAAGUCAACCAAUAAACCUUUUUCCUAUUUGUGACUUUUACUAAUAAAAAAUAAGCCUGCCUGUAAAUUAUCUUGAAGUCCUUUACCUGGAACAAACACUGUCUUUUUCACCACACAGUUUUAACUUGGUUUUCAAGAUAAUUUUCAGGUGUUGUUGUUUUGUUUUAUUCUGUUUUGUUUUUCUGGCAGGGGCGGGGAGGGAUGUGUGGGAAGUGGUUAGCUUAACUUUUCUCAAGUCACUUUACUAAACACACUUUUGUAAAUAGACUUAACAUUCUAUUUUCAAGUUUCAUUUAUAUUUUGCAGUGUAGCCAGCCUCAUCAAAGCCCUGAAUUACCCAUUUGAAUUUUGCACUGACUAUAUUAUCUAGGUAUCUGGUUCGCCUGUGGCUGCACUUCAUGGUAAAGUGGAUCUGAAAUACCUGGCGGCUCUUCAUAAAAUGCAGAUUUUCCUCAUGUACUGUGAUGUCCGAUGCAAUGCAUCCUAGGACAAACUAGCAAUUUGCUAGUUUACUCUAAUGACUAAACAUAGUCUGGUGUGUGUGGUCUUUCUCAUCUUCUUCUAGUAUCUUUAAGGAUGAAUCCUAAGAACUUGGACACUUGCAAUAAAGGAAUUUUCUUUUACCCCAAGCCUCUCUGGAUUGGUGACAUACACACCUUUGUCAACAUUUCCGGUCAGGUGGAGAGGCAGCUGUUUGAGCUCUAGUGUGUUCUGGGGUUCUGGGGGCCUCCUUCUGAAAUGUGUAACAGUUAUUGGAUAACUGGCUUUUUUCUUUGGACGUCCUCUUUGGAAUGUAACAAUAAAAAUAAUUUUUGAAACACUUA